AUGGAAGUCAAAUACAUAAAUACCCAAUCGUUCGUCGACUCGUCCUUUUUCGUCAAGCUCUCGCAAUUGAAGCUGGACGUUCUGAAACUCGACCAGUCCUCGCGCCUGGUAUACGGAUACUACAACUACAAAAGGCUAGCCCCCGGACAGGCUCCAGCGAUUAAUCUAAACGAUAUCAGUUUUGCCUCUGACCAGGAACUCGAGUCCCAGCUGCCGGCGCGUUCUGCGUUCAUCGUCAGCGGUGAAAUUACCAACGUCAACACACUGGAAGAGUUUAAAUCGCAGAGCAAGCUGGAGUUUCUCACACGGGUUGGGGGCAAACUAAUUGAUUCUAUCAAAAAUAAAGCCGCGCUACAGGAUCCGCGUUUGCUGGCCCAGUUUGCCGUUUUCUCGUUUGCAGACCUCAAAAAGUACAAGUUUUACUACUGGUUCGCGUUCCCUGCUCUGCACUCCGAAUGGCAGAUCACGUCUGAGGGGCCCUUGAAUGGAGAUGUGCCCGAUUUGCAAUUUUCGCUCGUCAGCGACGGCAAGCCCGUUCCUCUCACCCAAUUGCACACCAUUCCAACAGACUCGCUUUUGCACGUCGCAUUUGUUGACACCUCUGCCGUGCCAGACGCCUAUUCUUACGUGCUGCGCAAUUUCCUGACCAUGCUUGCCAUCUGGGCCCGAAACUGGCAGAUCUCGGUGCUUUGA